GGAUCGGGAGCGCGCAUGCUGCCCGUCUCCUCGUUCAUGACAUCAGACCACCGCAGGACGCAGACAUUCCGCCCACCGGUGAUGAGCCACCUGCUGCGCCCCGGGAUUAUCCCAGCCGAGGAUCGGGUUAUGGACGGCGGCCCCACGCUGCGGGACUACCGGCGGCAGAUCCGGCUGUACUGCAUGAACGGCGGAUACCACCUCCAGAUCCUCCCCGAUGGGACGGUGUGGGGCCAGAGGAAUGAGCGAGACAUCCACACUGUGGUGAAGCUCCAAGCUGUGGACAGAGGCGUGGUCUUUAUCCAGGGAACAGCAGCAGAGCGAUACCUGGCUAUGAGUGCUGAAGGACGUCUGUAUGCCUCACCCACAGUAACCGAUGAGUGCUUCUUCCUGGAGAAGCUGGAGGAGAAUCACUACAACACAUAUCAGUCUCAGAGAUACCAGCACAGCAGCUGGUACGUCGGCUUGAAGAAAAACGGCAGAACCAAACUGGGUCCGAGGACCCACAUCGGACAGAAGGCCAUCUUCUUCAUUCCCAGACAGCUGGAAAUUUCCCAGGAUUAAAGAGGCCGAGGCAUCUAAGCCAUUAACCUGUCUGAUGAGAUUGGAUGAAGGGGAGGGGGCUGCAGGAUGUUUUGCUCAUAGGCAUGAAGCUGCAUCAGUGCAAAAGUGCUGCAUCUUUCACCUUCUUUAGUGUCAAGUAACACGUCCGAGCUAGCUUUAGUUAGUAGCUAACAUAUAGUUCAUUUAAAACCAAACCUGUUUCCCCUCAAAACUUUAAAUACCAGAGAAAACCAAUUAAUAAAAAGGAUUUUAUUUCUGCGUCACACAAAG